AUGCAGAACGCCGCCUCGGCGUCUGUCGGCGCUGUCGUGACGUCGCUCUUCGUGACGCCGUUCGAGGUGUUGAAGGUGCGGCAGCAGGCGUGCGGCAGCGCGGCGGAGUGCGGGAUGGUCCAGCUGGGGCAGACGCUCGUGCGGGCAGAGGGCGCGACGGCCUUCUGGGCAGGGCUUCGCCCGACGCUCCUUAUGGCUGGGGUGGGCGCGCUCUUUGCUGGGCUGGGCCCGAGGGUGCUCAAGGUCGCGCCGAGCUGCGCCAUCACCAUCUGCUCGUACGAGGCCGGCAAGCGCUUCUUCGGACGAGGCCGCGCGGAGGGGGGGGCGUCGUGA